AUGUUGAUUAAGGAUUGCAACAUCCCUAGCCCCGAGGAAGGACCUGAGCCUAGGUCCCGUUGGACUUUGGUUUUUCAUGGAGCUUCUACCGCUCAUGGCAACUACAUUGGGGCAGUGAUCACUUAUCCAACUAAUUUCCACCUCCCCUUCAUUGCAAGGCUGUUUUUUGAGUGUACAAACAACACGGUCGAGUACGAGGCUUGUAUCUUCGGUAUCAAAGCUAUUAUUGAUCUUAGGAUCAAAAUCCUUGAAGUUUACGGAGAUUCAACCCUAGUCAUUAGCCAAGUUAAAGGAGAUUGGGAUACUAGAGAUCAUAAGCUCGUUCCUUACAAGGAACAUGUCUUGAAACUAGUCCCAUACUUUGAUGAGAUCACAUUCCAUUACAUCCCUCAAGAAGAGAAUCAGUUAGUUGACGCCUUGGCGACUUUGGCGUCCAUGUUUAAGGUCAAGUGGAAGAAUGAAGCACCACCCUUUCACCUUAAAUACUUGGAUGAGCCUUCUUACUAUCUGGAGGCCAAAGACGUAGUCGAUAGUUAUCCUUGGUACUAUGACAUCAUGAGAUUCUUAGAGUGCCAAGAAUACCCUAAAGACACAUCAAUUACUGACAAGAAGUACCUUCGGAAACUGUCUUCCAAAUUCUUCUUAAGUGGAGGGGUACUAUACUAG